AGUGGGAUGUUGGCUGUUCAAUCAUGGGUUUUUUAAUAUAUUUUGCAAUUAUUGGAAUUCAAUUUACAAGUACAUUAGUAUCAGGAUCAAUACCAUUAACAUGUUUGCUUCAAAACCAUAGUUUUCCGAACGUUUUUGGUAGAAAUACUAAUGUUACAUCUCCUAAUUUUCGCUUUAAUAUUCUAAAAGAGGAAGCAAUUACUUUAGACAAGGAUGGUUGGUUAUUUGACACAACAAAUUUAGAGUACCAAGGACUAGACGACGCAAUUUUAGAAGACUUUGGAUUUAACUUUAACUCAAACGUUUCGCAAAUAUCUUUUCGCACGGAUAUGGUGAUCACGCAUCCUUACAAGACGAGUGGUUCAUUAUUUUCUAUACCAAUUAGUGGUGAAGGUUUCUCUAAUGUAAACAUAAAGAAUGUACAAUUUGGUUUGAUAAUGCCGUUUGAUAUUAAAGAAGAAAAUGGUAAAAAGUUUAUUGAAUUGAAGGGAUUUGAUUACUGGUACGAUGUAAGGGAUAAUGUUGCGUUCAAUUUUUCGAAUCUUUAUUAUGGAAAUAAGGAAUUAAGUGAUUCGAUGCAUUUCCUUAUUAAUCAGAAUUGGAAAUUUAUGACGACACAAUUUGGCAAGAUUUUUAUGGACCCGGUCGCUGACAGGUUUUAUAACACGUUCAAAGACUACAUGCUCUCGAUGCCUCUGAGGGAUUUCAAUAGUUGUUAGUUUAAAUUUUUUUGAAAUUAUUAAUACGAAAUUAUAUGUACGUGAACAUAAAAAUUAAUUAUAAAAUUGUAUAAAAUUCAAAUUAUGGCAAA